CACCACUACCAUCUCCGGCUAGCGGACACUACCUCUAGCUGCAGGAGAGCGCGGCGCGGGCCUGCCGGUCGAAGUAGCAAGAUGUCGACGGCCGCGGAUUACAACAUGUCGGUGGGGUACUCGCCCAACGGCAUAGUGGUGCCGCCAUGGCUGAACAAGGGCGACAACGCAUGGCAGAUGAUCGCUGCAACGCUGGUGGGACUGCAGAGCAUGCCCGGCCUGGUGAUCCUCUACGGCAGCAUCGUGAAGAAGAAGUGGGCCGUGAACGCGGCCUUCAUGGCGCUCUACGCCUUCGCCGCCGUGUGGCUCUGCUGGGUCACCUGGGGCUACAACAUGUCCUUCGGCCACCAGCUGCUCCCCUUCUGGGGCAAGGCCCGGCCGGCGCUCGGGCAGAAGUUCCUCCUCAUGCAGGCCGUGCUGCCGGAGUCCACCCACUUCUUCAAGGACGGCAGCCAAGAGACGGCCUGGAUCAAUCCGAAUUACCCCAUGGCCACCAUGGUCUACUUCCAGUGCGUCUUCGCCGCCAUCACGCUCAUCCUCCUCGCCGGCUCGCUGCUGGGCCGCAUGAACAUCAGGGCCUGGAUGAUCUUCGUGCCUCUCUGGCUCACCUUCUCCUACACCAUCGGCGCCUUCUCGCUCUGGGGCGGAGGCUUCCUCUUCCAGUGGGGCGUCAUGGACUACUCCGGCGGCUACGUCAUCCACCUCUCCUCCGGGAUCGCCGGGUUCACCGCCGCGUACUGGGUCGGGCCCAGGUCCACCAAGGACAGGGAGAGGUUCCCGCCCAACAACGUGCUCCUCAUGCUCGCCGGCGCCGGCAUACUCUGGAUGGGGUGGGCCGGGUUCAACGGCGGUGACCCUUACGCCGCCAACCUCGACUCCUCCAUCGCCGUGCUCAACACCAACAUCUGCGCCGCGACCAGCCUCCUCGUCUGGACCUCCCUGGACGUCAUCUUCUUCAAGAAGCCCUCCGUCAUCGGCGCGGUCCAGGGCAUGAUCACCGGCCUCGUCUGCAUCACGCCCGGCGCGGGUCUCGUCCAGGGGUGGGCGGCGAUCGUGAUGGGCAUCCUGUCCGGCAGCAUCCCGUGGUUCACCAUGAUGGUCGUGCACAAGCGGUCCAAGCUGCUGCAGCGCGUGGACGACACGCUGGGCGUGUUCCACACCCACGCCGUGGCGGGGUUCCUCGGCGGCGUGACCACGGGGCUCUUCGCGGAGCCGACGCUGUGCAGCAUGUUCGUGCCGGUGACCAACUCCCGCGGCGCCUUCUACGGCGGCAGCGGCGGCAUGCAGCUCCUGAAGCAGGUGGUGGGCGCGCUCUUCAUCGUCGGCUGGAACGUGGUGGUCACCAGCAUCAUCUGCCUCGUCGUCCGGCUCAUCGUGCCGCUGCGGAUGCCGGAGGAGGAGCUCGUGAUCGGCGACGACGCAGUGCACGGCGAGGAGGCCUACGCGCUCUGGGGCGACGGCGAGAAGUACGACUCCUCCAAGCACGGGUGGUACUCCGACAACGAGACCAACCAGCCGCGCAACAGGGCGCCCAGCGGCGUCACGCAGGACGUCUAGGUCGCCGGCCGCUUCCCUUCCUGGCUGGAGUUUUGUCGUACGUUUUUGUUCUUACAAACGUGCACAACGAGUGUUGUGGAAUAAGCUAUUCAUUUUGCUGUUUUUGAGACGUCGGCUUGUUAAUUACUGACAUGUCGCUGAGAAUCUCCCUACCUUACCAUUUGUCAUCCGCAUUAGAAUCUUCCA